AUUUUCUAUGCAAGCGGAAGUGACUUGUGGUUUUUGCAAAGGGGAAUUAGUGAGACAUUCGAAGUGUCAACAUUUCCGUCCCAGAGGUUAGACAGAUCUCUGACCAUGUCCCUGACAGAUGUCUGACUCCACAGCAAUGGGUUCAUCUCAAAGCACUACCAAUUCUGCAGGCGACACGACUCUUCCCCCGGAGCUGCUGCAGGAGAUCUUCGUGAACCUCCCUGCCCAUCAGGUGGUGCGAGUCUGUCCACUAGUUUGUCGUGAAUGGAGAGCAUUGGUCAACAGUGAGUGCCUGUGGAAGGAGCGGUGUCGGCGCGAAGGCUACAAGCCCGGCGAUGAAGCGGGGCAGGAUGUAGUCAAAGGCUGGAAAAUGUUCUACUUCCUGUCGAAAGACAAACGGAAUCUUCUCAAGAACACGAAGGCAGAAGAGGGCCUCAAAUAUUGGAACAUUCUGUCCAAUAAGGGAGAUGGGUGGGUGACAGAGGAAGUGAGGAGUCCCCACCCAAAUGAGGGAACAACACAAACCUUUGUUAGCUCUUAUGGUCCAUGUAUUAAGUCUCAGCUGAUUGACCUGAGGAAGGAGGGGUACAACCACCACAUCAUGGAUAAGUUCCAGCCAGAUAUCAGAAUAUCGGAUUGUUGUGCUUCAAAAUUGUGCUCGAGGUAUGCCCCUCGAUUCGACUGCGCCUGCGAGUACGAGAUACGGGUGGAGCUACUAGACAAAAAGAAGGACGCUCUUCAAGCCUUCUCUCCCGAGAAAGUUAGCUUUGAGCAGUGGAACGAUGAGAAAUGGAACAAGAUGACCCAUGUCUUUAGGAAGUACGGACAAGGGGUGCGAUAUGUUAAAUUUGUCCACGGCGGAAAUGACAGGCAGUACUGGAAAGGAUGGUAUGGAAUUCGAGUAACAGACAGCUGCGUUGAGAUUGGUCCACCGGAGGAUAGAUAACAAGGAUUCCACAUUGAAUAUAAAUUAAAUGUAAUAUGUAAGCAUGCGGCACUUUAAAUGCAAAAUUGUGGGAUAUUGUCUAUUUUCUUUAAAUUACUGUUUGUCUAUCGUUUAACACUUGCACUCGUACCUAAUUGCUGCAAAUUACAUGCAUAUUUUGUCCAAGUAAAAUAAAAUGUUUCUAGAGAAUUACUUAUCUAUAGUCGGAGCAGAAAAAAAAUGUUUUCUCAAUUGUAUUGUAACUCAACGAUCCCAAGCCAUUUCAUUUGUCGUUCCUUGAUAUAGUCCGCCACUCAGAUGGUAUUCAAUCUGAUGGAACAUACUCUGAAUAUAGCCAUAAUAUGACUUCCUAAGGCAGUGGUUCUCAAACUUUUUAUACCGCAUACCACCACAGAAAAUAUUUGUCUCCCCAACUACCACGAUUAUGACAGAUGUUAUAAAAUAUAACAACAAACAGAAUUUGCGUAGGCCUGUGGCCCUAUUCAGCUGCGCACAUCUCAUGCAGGAGGCACAUUUAUUCUUAAAAAUAUUAUUUUUUGUUAGCUGUUGUCAGCUGUACAAAGUGGUAGCACUAGAACAGAGACACGGAAACACAUACACAUACACACACAGCAAGUGAGAACAUGAUCUCAUGGUAAAUGUAUCUCCGUUCGUACAGUGGCAGCUGGUGGUUUUCAAAGUGAGGGAGGAAGGAUUGCGUGCUUGGAUGCCAUUGACCUGCUUGCAGUGUUAGUGGCGUACGUAUGUGAGACUCAAGUUGUUUCAGGGUGUUAUGUGAAUUGAUACUAAUCCACCAGGGGCAGCAUUGUACUUUGAAAGCUGGUGGGCAUCAUGUCUUGGACUACAAGGGCAGAAGGAAAGGAUGCAUAGCCAAUUAGUCAAAUCAGGCCUACUCUUGAUUUGUAAAACUAAAUAAAAGAAAUCUGGGCGUAGAAUUUUGCCUAUUUUUGCCCUCAAUGACUGAAGCUAUUGGUUGUUAUUUGGCUAUGUUUAUUUUCAGCUACAAUUGUUCUAGGAAAAAUUAAGACACAAGACCAAAGGUGAUGCCAUUUAAAAUGCAUAAUGCUCUGAAUCAUUCACUAACAUCCUUUCCACAAUAUCAAACAGAACGAUCGGAGUAACAAACAAUCAAAAGAACAACAAGAACAUUAUUUAACAACUAUUUGCAUGGGCUGUAAGCCUAACAUUGUUUGAGGCAAAUGUGGACGUUAAUGGAUGUUACAGAAUGUUGGUCAUGGUGUUAAUACAAUUAAGAUUGAGGGACUUCAUUUAUAGAUCAAAUCAAUCCUCCUCGCGGGCUCCGCAGCCCGGCCGCAGGUGCCGCAUGUGUGAACCCCAUGUUGUUCACCGGCCGCCAACACUUUCGGGGAAAUGAAUAGGAGUCAAUGGAGGCUGGGGGAGGAACGUCCUCCCUGAAGUAAUUGCCGAUCGCCGAUAGGAGCUGCUAAUGUCCCUUUACCGAGGGAAACGAACAUUACAUAUUCAAAGGUAUUAAGUAGAGCUGUCAGUUAAACGCGUUAUUAACGGCGUUAACGCAAACCAAAUUUAACGGCGUUAAUUUUUUUUAUCGCGCGAUUAACGCAAUUAUUUUAUAUAUAAAAAAUAAAAAAAUAAAAAAAAUUUCUUUGGCUCAAAACAAAGCAGCAGUAGCCUGACUGCUAUGUUCAAAUUACAUUUGUUCAAAGCAGUCGUUUAAUUGCACUAUAGGCUCUUUUUUUGUGAUCAGUGUGUAUGCCAAUGUUAUCAAUAAAAAAUCAUUUGCACAAGGCAAGCCGAUGCACUUCACCAUGUUGCGAUUAAUCACGAUUAAAUAUUUUAAUCGCUUGACAACUCUAGUAUUAAGGGAAUUAAUUCAGUAGGCUGGGCAAUGUAAAUGUUUUAUUCUCAACAAUGUUAAGGAGGAUCUUCCUCCCUCUCUUCACUGCAUUCAUACUAGUAUUUUGAUCGUUUUUAAUCUAACAAUUUUUUUUUUCUGAUUCCUCUGCGUACCACUUGAUAGCGGUAGUACGCAUACCAUAGUUUGAGAACCACUGUCCUAAGGUAACUGGUUUCAUUGAUCCAUCUCAUAGUAAAACACGGUACACUUGUUGAUAGCGAGAGCCAUUUAAGAAAAACAAAUCACUCUCAUUUGAAAAAUUCUUGGUGUAUGUUUCUGCUAUGCUUUGCACUUUUGUUCACAAUAAACAAUUUUAAACAAAUACAA